AUGGAUGGAGUCGCAGCUUGGGUCAAGUUCUUGCAGCGAGAUGAUUUGGGCGAGAGCGAGGGCAUGGUGGCCCUGAGACAACUGGACAGAGUAAACAUCACAAUCGAGAUGCUGCAGCAGACGAAGGUGGCCAAGAUUGUCAAAGCUUUUUCCGCGCGAUUCUCAGAGAGCACCGUGGGUGCCACGGCUCAACGGCUUUUUGCAAAGUGGCGAGCAUAUUUUGCAAAGCAGGCAGCAGAGGCAAAGGCCAAGCCGCUGCGAAAGGCACGCGCAGGGCUUGCAAAGUCCAAGCCAGAGCCGUCCGUGCCAGAGGCCGAACGAUGCUUGGCCUUGGAGGCACCCGGCCAGCAGUGCCAGAAUCGCCGACAGUUGCCCCAGCUCUUGUGCCCAACUCACCAAGCAAUGAAUCAGGCAGACCGCCUCCCUUAUGGCCUCCACUUGGGUGGCAAAAUUGGAGCAAAGAAAUCCAAGACCAAGGACUCCGGGCUCGAUAUACCGCCCAAGUCCCCUGGCCCACCAGGAUCCGCAAACCCUUCGAACCCUUCCAGCCAUGUGAAGCCCAUGGCGUGCCCUUCAGAUGCCAAGCCCUUGCUGGAGGCCAUGCGUGCUGCGAGCACGGAGAACUCUCGUUUGGAUACGCUAGCGGCUCUGGACAAGUCCCCGAAGCACUGCAUGUUGCAAUUCAUCCAAGACGGUGGUCUUGAGGUGUUGGAAAGAUGGCUCCGGAAGAGCCCUGAUGCGCGGCUCACCUGCCUGAAGGUUUUGCAAAAGCUGCCAGUGGCUUUGCCCAACCUUCAAAAGGCCAACCUGAUACCGGCUGUAGAGGCCAUCCAGGAGCAAGAGUCGAGCGCGCAGGCGGCAGCGGUCCUGGAGCGCUGGAGGUCCGCGGGCUUCCUGUCCGAGACCCACCGGGCGGCAGGUCCAGCGGCUGCAGCGGGUUCGCCGGAGGAGGCCGAGGCCAUGGCAGAGGCCUUCGGUGAGCCGUCUUCAAAACGUUUGAAGACAGACAAAGACCACCCGACCUCUCGGAAGGAGUUGGAUUCCUUGCAGAAACCCGCUGCCAGUGGGCCUGGGCCGGAGCCCUUCCUGGUGGAGCCCGAGGCGGAACCUUUGCCACCAGGACCGCAGCAUCUGCAGCAUCCGCAGCCCCGCACACCGCCGCUGACGCACCUCCCUGCCGCCAGACCUGAGGAUAUUCCGGAAGAGCUGCAGGGCCUCGAUCCUCGCAUCGCCUUGGUUUUGAUGCAGAACCCUGACAUGCUACAAUUCUUGCGGAAGCAUCCAUCGGUCCUGCAGGACUUGGAUUCAGAAAAGAUUGCAAACAUAUGCCGUCUCUACAAGAACGCACGCGAGUCCAACCAAGCGCUGGGAACUAGCGAUGCCACCGGCUGUACAGUCACAGUCUCAAACCUUGAUCCGGACAUCUCCGAAGCUGAUAUUGUCCACCUCCUCAGCGACGUCGGUCUUACGGCUACCAGGGUAAAUCUGCCAAGAGAGAGCCGCCGGAAGCGUCCCUGUGGAACUGCCUUUGUUGUGUUGCAAACGCGGGAGCAGGCCCAGCUUGCUGCGCAGAGGUUGGAUGGAUUCGUUCUCCUCGGAAGUCGGAUCACAGUGGAGUUCGUCGAUGACGGCUUGCCCAAGCCGCAGCCACCCGGAUCCCGACGUGUGACUUGGAAACCGGAUGAUGAGCUUUGGGAGAUUGUUGUUUUCUCGAGGUCGGAGACUGUGGAGACUUUGGGCCGGCGGGUUCAGAUGGGCGACUUCUACACGUCAUCCGACGCCCCGGGUCAGCGCAAACACUCUCGGGGAGGCUUCGAGGCUGCCAUGAAAGUGGAGCUUGCCCUGGAGAAGAAGCAUGCUCCACAGGCAUUAGCUGGUGGUGUUUCACCUGCGGACUGA